AGAGAGAGAGAGAGAGAGAGAGAGACUGGAAAUCAGGCGGAACAUAUCAAGGGGAGGGUCGAGUUUCAACUGUGACUGAAUAAAAAAUAAGUCAGCGAGAGAUUUGGGGCUGCUUUAAAACACCGAAAAGAGAAUCGAGAAUAAAAGAGAUCAUAGCAGCUGUCUUCCGAAGCCUCCGUCUGGAUCGUCUCGCCUGGGUACAUACGGGAAGGCAGAUUUGAGGAGAAGCAACAGGUCAUUUUUUCUGAAAGUAAUUUUACGCCUUUUUGUGCUUUGGCGAGAUCUAUGCAGGGGUGAGGCAACGAAAUGCCACAAGAACGAAGUCACCCAGAUAACGCAGUUUCAAUUGGAUUGCUAUUGCAAUGAUAACUGGCUUUAAAAGUAUAUCCGUUUUGCAUUCAAAUAUAGCCUCUUCGAUCAACAUUGGUGGAUAUCAACAACACAAGCGGAGAAAGGUGGAGAUAACGAACCGACUGGAAAUUAGAAAGCAACAAGGAUGAAAAUCUCCUGUACAGAAGAGUACAGAUCUGGAGUUACGUUUGAAUCUCAAGGCGUGUACAAUCUCAUAUAAAUACUGUACUACAGAUGCAAAAAGGGGGUUUAUUAUUAAUUAAGGAAAGGAAAUCUGCAUGCUGUAGGUGUUGACGGUAACUAUCGAUUCUUCAGCGCAGUUGAGAAAUUCGAGGUAAACAGCAAGACCUUGUGAUUAUCAACUAUUCUGCCAUUUUGCCAAAUCUUUUAUCAUAUUAAAGCUAUUAAAAUCGUAUUUUUAUUAUUUCAUCACUACUACUCAUUUUAUUACAUUUCUCCUGUACAGUGAGUAUCAUUUCACUCCUUGUUCAUCACUGCAAUAGAAAGACUUUUCUGUUUUGAUAUCGAACAGGACUUGUUUUGAUUAGUCACAUUUAUUGCAGUCGCCAGUAGCCCCCCUGACUCCUGAUGUAAUACCCCCCGAGCGUCUCUUUGAGUUAAAGGAAGGGACACUUCAUACAGCAGGUGGGAGCAAACUGAAGAGCACAACACCGGGACAGGGCGACCGAUCCAUCGAAAUCUAUGAUCAGCUCGGUGUGUGUCUCAUCUUACCGAGGGCGCAAGCCUGGCAACAAGCCUCCAUCCAAAACAUGUCUGAAAGAAGAAAUGGGACGGGGAGAAGAUUCAGAAAAGAUUAUCAUCAACGUCGGCGGUACCCGGCACGAAACCUACAAGAGCACGCUUCGGACGCUGCCAGGCACCAGGCUGGCAAAGCUGGCCGACCCGGACCCCCAGGGCAACUUGGAUUUCGACACUAGCGACAAAGAGUUAUUCUUCGACCGGCACCCAGGGAUCUUUGCCUAUGUUUUAAACUACUACCGGACUGGCAAACUCCACUGCCCGGCCGACGUCUGUGGACCGCUGUUCGAGGAAGAACUGGCCUUUUGGGGGAUAGACGAGACCGACGUGGAGCCCUGCUGCUGGAUGACGUACCGCCAGCACAGGGACGCUGAAGAAGCGUUGGAUAACUUCGAGCCAACAGACCUGGACGAUGGGGAUGAUAGCAAGGACGUGCCAUGGCGCCUGGCUAUUGAUGGCUGCCCAGAUCGAUCACGAGGCUGUUGGGAGGUCUUGCAGCCUAAAAUAUGGGCCCUUUUCGAAGACCCUUACUCGUCUAUGGCAGCCAGGGUCAUUGCUUUCGUCUCCUUGUUCUUCAUCGUGGUUUCCAUCACCACGUUCUGCCUGGAGACACACGAGGCCUUCAACCGUAUCGUGAACCGGACGGAGUACCUGAACAGCACGUACACGCUCACAUACCUGGAAGUGGAGACGGAGCCCAUGCUGACCGUGGUGGAGGGCAUCUGCGUGGUCUGGUUCACCUUCGAGUUCUUCAUCCGCAUCGCCUGCUGCCCGGGCAAGCUGGUCUUCAUCAAGAACCUGCUGAACCUCAUCGACUUUGUGGCCAUCCUGCCUUUCUACCUGGAGCUGGGACUCAGUGGACUGUCGUCGAAAGCGGCCAAGGACGUGCUGGGCUUCCUGCGGGUGGUGCGGUUCGUACGCAUCCUCAGGAUCUUCAAGCUGACACGGCACUUUGUGGGGCUGCGAGUGCUUGGCCACACUUUGAGGGCCAGCAUCAACGAGUUCUGUCUCCUUAUCAUCUUCCUGGCUCUGGGUGUCCUGAUAUUCGCCACCAUGAUCUAUUACGCCGAGAGAUUGGGUGCCAACGCCAACGACCCCACAGCCAGUGAGCACACUCACUUCAAGAACAUCCCCAUCAGUUUCUGGUGGGCGGUGGUGACCAUGACCACCCUGGGCUAUGGGGACAUGUACCCCCAGACCUGGUCUGGCAUGCUGGUCGGGGCUCUGUGUGCCCUCUCAGGAGUGCUGACCAUCGCCAUGCCCGUGCCCGUCAUCGUCAAUAAUUUUGGGAUGUACUACUCGCUGGCCAUGGCCAAGCAGAAGCUGCCCAAGAAGAAGAAACACAACCCCAACGCCAACAUCCAGCUGGAGAAGUCGGAGAUCAGCUCCCCCCGGAACAGCACCCAGAGCGACACCUGCCCACUGGCGACUGAGGAAGCCAUUGGGAGGAACCGGUCAGAUUCAAAACAGAAUGGCGACGCCAGCGUGGUGCUGUCAGACGAAGAGUCUGGAGGGCUGACCAAGCCCCUGUCGCCUGACGACAAGUGGCCAACGCGCUCCGGCUCCAGGGGGAAGAGCAAGAAAGAAGCCACCUGUUUCCUGCUGACAGCAGGAGAUUUCUCCUGCGCCACUGACACCAGCGUCCGAACAGAUACAGGAAACCGGGAGAGGAACGGAAAGGAAAACUUCCUGUGAGCCACAAGGUCUGCUGGCAUUUCCCAUUAGCGGGGAGCCCCGUAAUGUGUGGUUUAGAGCCCAGCUAUGUUCACUACACAACAUCAGGGAGUGCUUUAACACAUGCUGUGCAGUGCUCCCCCCAUUUUUAAACACUUGUGCUGUGGUUGUGGCUCUCAAUAACCUUUAUAUGGAGGAACUCGUAUAGAAGUAAUCUCUUAACUUUGGCUCCUGACUGAUGCUUUAUAAUGGGAGGGGGCAGUGUAACGCAUCAUGCUAAAAGAAUGCAAAUGAAUACAUCUGGAAGUGUUGCUACAUUUGCAGAUAACAUUCCCAGAAGUCCAAGCACAGACAUAUAUGGUAAAAGAAAACCCAAAACAUGUGUUCAGUGUUUCAUAACGAUUUAUUAGACAUGAUUCUGGGCGAACGAUCUCAUAACAAGUUGUCAAGGCCUUCGCUGUGAAGGGUUACUGGUAGAAAUCCAAACCAGUAUUACGAAUGAAAGAAACUUCUCACUUGUGAUCAGCUGUGCCAAGCUGUUUAUGAAAACCCUGGCACCUUUUAAAAUGAGUGCAAAUUCCAUUUAGAAAGGGAAUUAAAACAUGUCAUCCCAGUCCCUCUUCAAUAUUAGACAUUAGAAGACAUUUUUAUUGCAGUAGAAAAAACAUCGGCUUUAUGAAUUGGCACCAAAAAAUAAAUAAAAUAACGUAUAAUAGAAGAAACUGACCUGUGCUAAAUCCUCAGUGCUUAACAAUAAUGCAGAGUAAUUUUGGCUGCAAAGUAAGCAUGAAUAAAAUGAGUCCUAGAGGAUUGCUUUGACACAUAAAAGCAAUAGAACUACAUGCGUGUGCGCGUGCGUGUGCACGUGUGUGUGUGUGUGUCUCGUUCUACUCUCAUAUGCAUGCAUUAAGAAUUCAGUAAAGCUCCCUUCCACAGUCAGGUCCUGUAUUUGGAUACAAUUAUUUUUAUUUUUUUGUAGCUAAACAAACAUUCCUCCAGACACCUUUAAUAGGCCAGUCUUAUCUGUGCUUUACAACAUGAGAGCAGAGCUGUAUAUGGUCGAUUCUUGGAAGCUGCUAUUACUUGGGUACAGGAUUCGGACAAAAUUCAUUAGCAAGAUAAUAGAAAGACAAACAAGCUGCUGAUAAGAGUGCUGGUAUCUCCAGUCUGCAGGUCCACCACGGGAGAGACAUUAGCAGCUAUGGGAUACGGAAAACCCUGUGUGAUGAUAGCAUUAGCAGCUAUGGGAUACGGAAAAGUCUGUGCGAUGAUAGCAUUAGCAGCUAUGGGAUACGGAAAACCCUGUGCGAUGAUAGCAUUAGCAGCUAUGGGAUACGGAAAAGUCUGUGCGAUGAUAGCAUUAGCAGCUAUGGGAUUUAUGGUCUGUACUUGUAGAUCUAAGUGGUCAUUUAAAUCAGAAGAUGGUUAUCGCCUGGAUUAACAUUUCUAAUAUAAGUGUUUCGUAGCCUGUAGGGUCAUUGAAAAAAACUGUCCUGAUUACUAUACGUUUAUAUACAGCGCAUGCGUACUUUCACUGUGUAGCAUGCAUGAGAGUACGCAGUACCGGGUACAUCCGUUUUCAUUAAGAUAGCCUAUUCCUAAUGCGAAACCCAGCCCUAACAAAACAGCAUAUAUUCGACUUUAUUCUCUAGUUUUGACUGCGUUGCAUUGAAGGGGAACGAAGGCUGAAUCAGACUUUCUUUUAUAUAAAAAAGGAAGACGUUAUAUAAAAAGCAUGUAAAGUGAAGCCCUGGUUAUUUCACCCAAGGGGGCGGGCUCGUCGUGGAUGCAGCCACCCUCAUUCGUGGACCAACUACAGAACCCUGUAAACAUUCAGGAAGUAUCCUCGACAUAGCCACAACAUGUUUGAACCUGCUUCCUCUGCACAUGCAUCCCGAUCAAAAGGGUUAAAGACCGGGCACUUCUUUUGUGUGCUUUUCAAAAAACAUUCCAAAAGAUAUUGCACAGAGUACAAAGAGAGUCCCCUAAGACCUGAGCGACACUAUCCAUGUUUAAAAUACAGAUUUCCAAGUGAUAUGUGUACAGAGAAAGAACAUGGAUCAGCUAAGAAUUGAUUUGUACGAUUUAUAAAUAUAUACAUACAGCAUAUAUCAAUGUUUAUUUGUAUUCUUCUCAUAUGUAUAAUAGCAAGGGCUGUAACAUAACAUAUUUUUAUUUUUCUUAACGAUUCUGUUUUUUAAAUGCAGAUAAACUGCAAAGACACCCUCACUUCUAAAUAUACACAGAGGUCGACGCUUGCAUGAGAGGGAGCGGUACUGGGGGCUCCCCCCUACAGGCACAGAAAUGAAGUGCAGGAGGGGAGGGGCAGGGCGUGAAGGGGGUCCUUUCUCCAAACCGAGGGAAUUCAAAUUCUCACUCUGAAGGACUGUCCUGUCGACCCUAUAAAUGCAGAUAAACUGCAAAGACACCCUCACUUCUAAAUAUACACAGAGGUCGACGCUGGCUUGCUUGCAUGAGAGGGACUCGUACUGUACAAAUAUACACUCUUCACCCAUAAUACACGAGUUGCAUGAUCGAUGCUGUAUAAUAUGUAUCACGAGCCCAAGAAAAAUAGCAUACGUCUUCUGUGUAAUUAAUAUUUAGCUAACCUCUAACUAUGUGUAUUAUAAAGUAACUAUGUUAACUUCUCUCAUGACUGUAAGUAACUCAGCAAUAGGCUUAAGAAAAACUACACCCAACUGCUACACAGACUGUACUGUACUAUACAUCUGGUGUUUGUUACUGUCUCAUCGAUGUAAUAUGGACCAGUCGGUGAUCCUUGAUUUUUAUUUUUCAAAUAUGUUGUGAAGAUGUUAUGUCAGUGAAAGACAGCCUAUCAUCCAACAAGCACAUGUGAUAGACAUUUCCUAGACUACAAGGGAAUACGUGUCUAAAUAUUACAGUGUAUUUUGUGAGUGUGAAACUAGACUCAGAUGCUGGAUCCUCUCUAUCAAGUUCUCUGGCAGGAAAGAGAUCGUUUCAUUUAGAUGUGGGACUUUGCUUGAAUGAAAACAUAACAGUAAAAAUAAUAAUAAUUUUAAAAAAAAUUUAAAAACCGCCCAGCUGCAAUUCAUUUGCCGUACAGUUUUUCCAAAUCAGCUUGGCUCCGACUCUCAGAUCCUUGUCAGUCUUAAUUGUACAGAACGGUGUUCUGACACCGACUCGAGACAGAAGCUCCCUUUCUAUGUUCAGUUCCUUUUCAGAUAUUUCGCUUUCUAAAAGCCAAGUCUAGAUCACGCACAGCUGGUUUUUACCUCGUUUGUGUCACAGUAACACAAUGUAGCAGGAAUAUCCAGAUGGACAGCCGCUCAAAAUGAUUCCUGUUAAACAUAGGAAGAGAGACGGUCUCCUAUAUAAUAUAUAGCAACAUCAAAAAUCAUCAUGCACUCAAUGCACAUCUGACCUGUCGCAAUUAACUCUCCUCCAUUUACUACAUAGUAGUUUUUACUGGUGUGUUUUUUUGCAAGCAUGCUGUGAAAUGUCUUCAAAGAGAAGGCAUUCUAUAGCGAUGCUACAGUAGAAGCGGUCCUCCUAUUGAAAUGUGUAGCCUCUGCUCUGGAUGAAUUGUACUGACUCUGUCACAUCUCACGUGUGUCUACGGCAAUACAGUUAAUACCGUGUGUUCUGUCGGCAUGUCUUUCUGCUGGAAAACCAAUAAAGAUAUUUACAUUGUCA